AUGAGGUGGAAGGCAGUGAAAGCAAAGGACAGGGCUCGCAACAAGGAGCAAAGUGUGCCAGCCUUCCUCCUCCUCAGCCUCAGGACCCAGAGGCCACCAGGCGUAGCGGCUCAGUCCACAUUUACUGAAGCUGUCUCAGAGCCAGCGUUUGCAAAAUCCUGGGAAUAUGGAAAGAAGAGGAUGCAGAUCCAAUCUCAGGAUACUGGUGGUCUUCUACUCAGGGAACCCAGUGAAUUCCCCAUAAUCAUGAAGCUGGAUGAUGCCAUGAAAGUCCGAAUAAGGGAUGGGGCUGAUCACGCUGAUUCUGAAUGCAUGGCCACCUCUACCCUGAGCUUCACUGUAGCUGUGAAUGCUCUGUUCCUCUCCUUUUCACCCUUGAAGAUUCGCGAACAUGCAGCAUUGGGCUGGGUGAGGCGGAGCAUCCCCGAUUAGGAGGAGGAGGAGGGUACAUGUGUUAGGGAAUCUCAGAGCUUGUGGCUAAGCAGCCUAUCCUUCCACAGACAGCCUUCCCACCAUUAAAGUGUUGAGAUUUUCUUUGUUUCAUUGAAGGUUUUAAUGGGUACAGACUUCACAAAGGCAAAAUUCCUUCUGAAGGAAGCAGACAUGAAGGAUAUCUAG